CGGCGGCAGCACCACAGCAGCACCGCCGCUUCGCUGCCGUCUGGCGGAACGGGGCGAAGCGAAGCGAAGCGGCUGGCGGGUCACCCCGCGCCCCCUCGCUGGUCUGUCCCCUCCCGCGUUUCCCCUGAGCCGCUCCCCGCCCGGGUCCCGCGGGUGCAGCAUGAAGUGCGGCGAUGGCCCGGAGAGGUAAGACGGCGGUGAGGACGCUGGAAGACCUGACGCUGGACUCCGGGUAUGGUGGCGCGGCGGACUCGGUGCGCUCCUCCAACUUGUCGCUGUGCUGCUCGGAUUCGCACCCCGCGUACCCCUAUGGAGGAAGCUGCUGGCCGCACCUAACUGACUCCAUGCACAGUCGGCACAACAGCUUCGACACCGUCAACACCGUCCUAGCGGAAGACUCCGAGGUGCUGGACUGCGCGGGGCAGCAGUGCUCCCGGCUCCUGCCCGACCUUGAGGAGGUCCCCUGGAGCCUGGAGGAGGUGGAGGCACUGCUGCUGCCGCCGCCGCCGCGCCGGGAGCCGCGGGCGCCGGGCGCCGCCAGCCCCGGGAGCCGGGAUGCGGCGGCGCGGCUCUCGACGCUGGUGAGCCGGGCGCUGGUGCGCAUCGCCCGGGAGGCGCAGCGCCUGAGCCUCCGCUUCGCCAAGUGCACCAAGCACGAGGUGCGGAGCGCCAUGGAGAUCGUCCUGGGCUGGACGCUGGCGGCCCGCUGCACGGCGGCCGCCCUGGGCGCCCUCUCCCUCUACAACAUGAGCAGCAGCGGCGGCGACCGCUUCAGCCGCGGCAAGUCGGCCCGCUGCGGACUGGCCUUCUCCGUGGGCAAGUUCUACCGCUGGAUGGUGGACAGCCGCGUGGCCCUGCGCAUCCACGAGCACGCCGCCAUCUACCUCACGGCCGGCACCGAGAGCCUGUUCCGCGACAUCCACGCGCGGGUCCUGGCCGGCCCCGCCGCCCCGCUCCCGCCGCCCGGCCGCCCCCCGGCCGCCGCCGCCGCUCCGGCCGAGAAGGAGAAGGAGGGCGGCGAGGCGCCCCGCUUCACCCUGGAGGCGCUGGAGCAGACGGUCAACAACGACCCCGAGCUCUGGGGCUUGCUGCAGCCCUACCAGCACCUCAUCUGCGGAAAGAACGCCAGCGGUGUUCUCUGCCUGCCGGACAGCUUGAACCUUCACAAAGACCAGCAAAGGUCCAACAAGCCUGGGGAGGUGCAGAUGUUCAGCCAGUCAGAGCUAAGGACCAUCGAGCAGUCUUUACUCGCUACGCGCGUGGGGAGCAUUGCUGAACUCAGCGACCUGGUGUCUCGAGCAAUGCACCAUCUCCAGCCCCUCAAUGCCAAGCAGCACGGGAAUGGGACACCGAUGCACCAGAAGCAGGGAUCAUUCUACUGGGAGCCGGAGGCUCUCUACACCCUUUGCUACUUCAUGCACUGUCCACAGAUGGAGUGGGAAAACCCCAACGUGGAGCCAUCAAAAGUCACGCUGCAGACUGAGAGGCCGUUCAUUGUGCUGCCUCCCCUGAUGGAAUGGAUUCGGGUUGCCGUGGCUCACGCGGGGCACCGUCGCAGUUUCUCGGUGGACAGCGAUGACGUACGGCAGGCAGCGAGGCUCCUGCUGCCGGGAGUUGACUGCGAACCUCGACAGUUAAAAAUCGACGACUGUUUCUGUGCGUCUCGGAAACUGGAUGCAGUUGCCACUGAAGCGAAGUUCAAGCAAGACCUCGGUUUCCGGAUGCUCAACUGUGGCCGAACGGAUCUGGUUAAACAAGCCAUAUCCUUGCUGGGGCCAGAUGGGAUUAACAGCAUGAGUGAACAGGGCAUGACUCCACUGAUGUAUGCUUGUGUCAGGGGUGAUGAGGCUAUGGUGCAGAUGCUGCUAGAUGCUGGAGCAGAUCUAAAUGCUGAGGUUGUCAGUACUGCUCAUAAAUACCCAUCCGUCCACCCUGAGACCCGCCAUUGGACAGCUCUGACAUUUGCUGUGUUGCAUGGACAUAUUCCUGUAGUUCAGUUGCUGCUGGAUGCUGGAGCAAAGGUAGAAGGUUCCUUGGAGCAUGGGGAGGAAAAUUACUCUGAAACUCCUUUACAGUUGGCAGCAGCUGCUGGAAAUUUUGAACUCGUCAGUUUGCUGUUGGAGCGAGGAGCUGACCCUAUGAUUGGAACAAUGUACAGGAAUGGCAUUUCCAUGAAUCCACAAGGUGACAUGAACUCUUUCAGUCAGGCUGCUGCACAUGGACACAGCCAUCCAGAGGAACAUAGAUACAGGAACGUCUUCCGUAAACUGCUUGCUCAGCCAGAGAAGGAGAAGAGUGAUAUUCUGUCGCUGGAGGAGAUCCUGGCUGAGGGGACGGACUUGCCCGACUCAGCAGCAGCUCCGCUCUGCGCCAGCCGCAACAGCAAGGCCAAGCUGAAAGCCCUGAAGGAGGCCAUGUACCACAGCGCCGAGCACGGCUACGUGGAUGUGACCAUCGACAUACGGAGCAUAGGUGUUCCCUGGACGCUCCACACGUGGCUGGAGUCUUUGCGCACGUCCUUCCAGCAGCACAGGCGGCCCCUCAUCCAGUGCUUGCUAAAGGAAUUCAAGUCCAUUCAGGAAGAAGAGUACACGGAGGAGCUUAUCACGCAAGGGUUGCCUCUGAUGUUUGAGAUACUGAAGGCCAGCAAGAAUGAAGUGAUCAGCCAGCAGCUCUCUGUCAUUUUCACUCAUUGCUAUGGACCCUACCCAAUUCCAAAGCUGGUUGAAAUUAAGCGCAAGCAGACCUCCCGCCUAGAUCCCCAUUUUCUUAACAAUAAAGAGAUGUCAGAUGUUACAUUUCUGGUGGAAGGAAGACCGUUUUAUGCACAUCGAGUGUUGCUAUUUACUGCAUCACCAAGGUUUAAAGCAUUGCUGUCUAGCAAGCCUUCAUCUGAUAGUACUUGUAUUGAGAUCAACUAUGUGAAGUACCCCAUCUUUCAGCUGGUUAUGCAGUAUCUUUAUUAUGGAGGUGCAGAGUCACUCCUGAUUAAAAAUAAUGAAAUUAUGGAGCUUCUCUCUGCUGCUAAAUUUUUCCAACUUGAAGCUUUACAACGACACUGUGAGAUCAUUUGUGCAAAAAGCAUUAAUACAGAAAACUGCGUGGAUAUUUAUAAUCAUGCCAAGUUUCUCGGCGUCACAGAACUAUCUUCCUAUUGUGAAGGCUACUUUCUAAAAAAUAUGAUGGUCCUCAUUGAAAAUGAAGCUUUCAAACAGCUGUUGUAUGACAAGAAUGGAGAAACAUCUGGUCAAAAUGUACUAGAGGACUUACAGAGGACGUUGGCCACAAGGAUUCAGUCAAUUCAUUUGUCUUCUUCAAAGGGCUCCGUUGUGUAAAGCUGAGGAAGAUGGUAACCCUCUAAUAAAAGACCUUGCAAGUUAAGUCUGCUGUUGCAGUUGCUUAAACCUGUUGCAGUUGCUUAAACGACUACAAAAAAGAAAAUGUAAGAAAUUCUACUUCACAUCCAAAUAGUUCUGUUUUGGCCAAAGGUGCUGUGCUUGGGGCUGUGUCCCCGUUUGGAUGAGAGAGUACAGAAAGCCAAGUUCCUCCGUGGUUUUGAGCAAACUGGGUACAAAAGUAUCUGGUGAAUUGCUGUUGUACUCAAAUUCUGAACAUAAGCCUCUUUGUGGAUCUUGAUGCCAACAAAAGCCAGAACUCAAACCAGUGAACAGCAGAAGCCCCUGCCUUGAAGGGUAGUGCUGGGGAACACCUGAAUUGACCAGUUAAUCAUUUAAGUCAGAUUUGUUCCAGUGUUACACAUUCAAGAACUGUAUCUAUCCUGGAGUCCAUUGUCUCAUGCAUUUGAGAAAUGUAAGAACUGUUCUUGCUGUCAAGCAAAGAUCAGCUGUAUUAGAGAGUGGGUAAGACUGUUGCAGUCGAGGAAAUAUACUGGCAGAUUUUUAGGGGUGGGAACUUUUUAAAUUGUUCAUAAAAAAUGGGGUGGCCUUGUAGUUUAAAAACUAUUUCUUAAGCUUAAAAUUUCGUUUUCAACAGAUCUGUGUUUGAGAAUCUAUGUAACAUGUUUUGGUUUUUUAAAUGGUAAAAUGUACAUUGUGUAAACAUACCUAUGAUCAAGUUUUGCUCGUAUUCUUUCCUAGGGUGGUAUAAUCUUGCCUAACAGGCUAUGGUUACACCAAAGAGGUACAUUACCCAGAUUUUCUCUAAUACAGUAGUUGGGGGGGGCAGAAGAACUGCAUGCUACUUGUGAUUUGGGGUUAAAAACAAUGACAAACUCAACAAACAUGCAUUUGCAUGGUAACUGUACCUGUGAAAUGUUACGUUCGUGCUUUGUUUUGCCAAGACAAAUGCAAUGUUGCUUCUUGUGAAACUUCAUUUGUGAAAUUAGCCUAUUUUUUUUAUUUGGUGCGAUCGAUUGGCUGUGAUAUGAUACCCCUGGAGCUCCUUCUCGAGAUGCUGAUUUCUGUUUGUUGCAGUGAAGGGACAGUAACAGAUCUUUACUUUAGUAAUGUGUGGAUAUUUUGCUACUGGCCAGAGAUUGUUGUCUGAGUUAGACUUUUUUAAAUUAUAAUUAAAUAUGUACUAUAGAAUGAUUCCUCACUGUAUCCUGAGAAUGUAUAGAUUGUCUACAAACGCAGGGCUUGGGUGGGGUGGGAUUGGGGUGUGAUUUAAAAUGUCAAAGCUUUGUUUAUUUUGCAGCAUAUUGUUAGCAAGACAAAUAUGCUAUGUGCCACAAUGUUCUUGAUGCUCUGUCUCUGCAAGCCAUAGCAGAAGUAGGCAAAGAUGUUGCCUUCUCCAUGGCAAAGUGACAUUAAUAUACUUACUUUAUAGACUGCCAUUCAGAAAAUUUAGAACUUUUAUUUUGACCAUGAAUGUUAACCUCUUUUUCUUUUGUUGAAGCAUCUACAUCAGGUGCCCUUCCAUGUUGAUAGUUUUUGACAUGCUCAGAAAGCACAGUUUUGGCUUUAGUUAUCAACACAGUAGGACGCUGUUUUAUGACUAAGGUGUAAAUCCUCCUUUUUGCUUGGUCUUGUAAAACCUCUACUGUUUCUGCAACAAAUUACAGUAUAUAUAAACUGCCAUUAAAUGUUGCAGAGACACAACGUGUCAGUCAAUUGCACUUUUUUUUUUCUGCAUAAAUGUUGACACAAGAUGUUGUCCGGAACAUUUAAGUAAUGGCAAGUUCUGUGUGAACGUUGCAAUUGUAGAGAAGCGAGACCGUAGUUGAUGCAACAGCAACACGCAGGGGUGCUUGUUGUUGUUUGGUGUGCCUCCUCAUCCAUGGAAGCCCAUCCUUCCAUGCCAGUGAUAACUAGGUAGCAGCAGGCCUGACCCCGCAGCUUCAUGGUUUAAAAUAGCAAACUUUUUCAAACAAUAAUCGGGAUAUUAAAUAGGAAGGAAACACUGAUAACUCCAUGCUACUCCUUGUUCUGGUGAGCUGAGGGUGUCUGUGGUAACGUUCACUGGUUUUCUUUCAUGGAUAAAGGGCUUAGUAGGUGGCUGUAUGUGGAGUGGUCGCCGUGUCUGGGCACUGAGAGGCAGAUGUGGCAGAGUGCAGCUGCCUCCAAACACACUCGGUGUCCAUCUGCAGCAGAGCUGUGCCAGCCCAUGCGCUCGGGUGUCCCCGUGUGCUCCUUCCUGGGCUUGUGGAUCAGGAUGGCGGAGCACGACAGGAAGCGUGGCACCCACUGCUGCCACGAGGUCUGCUUUGCUGGUGUCUGGCAAUUGGUAGGGGAGGACAAACCCCAAGAAGUUGUCAUACAAAACUGUUACAGGUAGGGAUUGUGCCUAUGGAUUUAUACAGGAAUAACUUUUUCCCUUCAAAAACGCUGGUAAAUCCCAACAUCAUAGAUUUAUAGCUGAAAGAAGAGUCAUAACUUUCAAUUGUUUUUUUGACCAGUGAGCCCCAUCACUUUUGCCAACAGAAGAGCCAGCCAGUGUAACCCCAGCAUUGAUUUCAACUGGAAGCAGCCAGCAAACUGUAGUGGAUCCACAAACCAGAGCUUGGAAACUGAUUUUAGUGUGCCUCUGCUGAUGGGAGGCUGGGUGAGGUCUAGCUGAGCCAUGUCAGAAAAUGUGCAGCUUGCAGGCUCUUAAACAUCCAGUCACAGGGAUCCAUGGUCUUCACUACCCUCAUAAUCAGAAGGUUUUCCUAAGAGACUAUUCAGGAUUUCUUAACUGUCAAAAGAGUCACUUUUCCUUCAAGCCCUGAUUGACAGGAAAACCAGAUGAUCUUACAAGAUCUUUUUUAGGGUUAUUCUGUGUAUGAAAGGAAUUCUCCUAUUUGCCUCACUAGUAUAGUCUUUGCUAGUUCCUUUGCUAGUGUUUUCUAGGUCUCUGAUUUUUGCUGUCAGUCCCUUCAUGACUUCCCAUUUUCCCCAAAAUUCAGUACUGCAGCGGGAGCUUUAUACAGUAAUAAGCAAAGCAGAGUAACUGUUUUCUGUGGUUAAUGUAAAUCAUAUCAGAAAAUAUAUCCCCAGAUAUUUUCCACAAGAACAUCCCAUGGCUGACUUUGAUCCAGUCUGUUUAAUAAUUCCUGAGGGAUUCACUGCUGCCUUCCCAGGAGUUCCAUCUUUAUUUGUGCGUUUGUUUACUACACCUUUGGAAGUACAGCGCUUUCAACUUCUCUUUAUUAGAUUUGUUCUGCUCUAAUCGGGGCAAUUUCCCCACUUCAUCAAGAUCAGUUGCAAUUCUGAUCCUCUCUUCUAGCCUAUUUCAUAAUCUCCAAGCUUUAUUAUACGUGGCUUCAUGCAUGGAUUCUUCCUUCCAUUAAUCUGGGGCUGGGGGGAAGGGCUCUGUUGUCAAUUUAAUCUAAAAAGCAGUGUGAGUUUCAGUGGGUGCCCAUGAAUACCAUCCCUGUCAGAUAAGGCUCUUUUCAACAGAGCAUUUUAUUAGCAUUUUUUUGAGACAUGGUGUUAUCAUCUUAGAAAAUAAAAAAAGCCUUCUGUUCCUUUCGUCUUUGUAUGAGUUGCAAUAAUUUACACAUUUCGAGGCAAAAUAUUGCCUCCAGUCAUGGUGAAAUGGAAAAAAUGCAACAUCCUUGGAAAAAACUUGUGAUUUUCUCUUUUAAUCAUAACUUUCCAUCCUGUAAUGAGUGAAGGUGUCUUUCCGUUUGUCUUUUUUAUAGUAAUCCAUGCUGUAAUAUUUGAGGACUUGCAGACAUCCUGUCCCUGCCUCAUGGCAGAUCUUUCCUUCUGUCUCUACACGGUCCUCCCUUAGUUUCCAGAAUUUCCUCACGUUUCCACUUUGCCUCACGUGCUGCCAGUUUCCACACUUCCCAGUUUUUUUACUCUAAAGCCCUGCUGGAUCCCUUCUCAAGCCCAGAAAGGGUAUCUGUGUUCUCCUGAACGGGCGAUUUUCCAAUAAUGGGCUCAAGAGCUGGGAAGAGAAAAGGAUGAGGAAUGUAGGAGUGCAAAGGUUUUGGACAUCACAGAUGAAGGCUGGUAUUCUUUUCAUUAUAAAUUUCAGCACUGUCUACUUGUUUCUCAGAUAUUCCCCUGAUCUAUUCCUUCUGCCUGCUGUCCUCUAAACACAGCUGGUGGCCAGAUGCUCUCUGUUCUGGAAAAGGGCCAGGGUUCUAAUGGCUAAGAUUAUUUUUUCCCCAGCUAAAACUUUUGCCUGCUUGGUUUCAGCUCCAGAGUAGAUUUGUGCAAAUGUCUAUUAAAGACAGAGGAAACAUCUUUAAAAAGGUGUGAAGGCUUAGUAUCCAGGCUCCUGUUUGUACUAAUGAGAGCUGCUUGCUCUCCUCUGCUUUGACACUGAGCUGUUUUCCACUGAAUAUCCACGGGCUUCAUACCAAUCGUCACACAAGCCCUGGAUGGGCUGGAGUGUGUGGUAGGAUGGGGGCUUUCAGAAAUUCUGGUUUUGUUUCAAAGCAUAGCACCAUGUGCUGCUCUUUAAGAGAAAAAGGGAAAUCCUCAGUUUGUACUGAAAUAAACUGCUCUGAGGUGCUGCAGUGAGAAAACAAAGAAAGGGCAUCUCUUCUUCCCACUUGUACCUGUCUAAAAUAAGAGGAAGCUUCUGUUAUGGCAUGCAAUGCAACAAGGUCUCUGGGGACUCAGGCAUGCUUCCAGAGAAAUACAGGUGGUGUAAAAGUUAACAUAUCCACAUACUCAAGGCAAGAAUUAGGCCAUCGUAGAAAAAAAAAAAAGACCAUUCUUGUCUAUAGUUUAAAUCCUGGGAGAAGCUGGGAACCUAGAGAACUAGUCGAAGUCAGUUGCUGGUAUUCAGUGUCCCUCAGGAGCUGGCUCUGUCUUAAAAAUAUUGCUGAAAGAUGACAGCCUGAAGACUACAUUCACUAAGGUUGCCUCUGAAGUUACUGGAUUUUUUUUUUUUUUUUUUGAUGAAUGAGACUUACCUGAAGUCAAAGACUUCAAGUUAGUUUCUUUGACAAAGUGUCUUUCAUGUGAGGUUCUGCAACUGCUUUACAGAAAUGAAGGGCCUAAUAUUGCUUUCAUCCUCUGGCCCAGAGAUGUUGAAAUAUAUAAGCGUUAAAAAAGCUGCUUAGGAUUUGUCCUAACAUUUAAUAAACUAGCUUGCAGGAAGUUAGCCUUGAAAAAGCCUUGAAAUAAUAUCUGAAACCCCACAGAUGAGAAUAUUACUAAUUUUAUAUGUCUACCUAUAAACACAACAUUUAUAUCUGUAACUUAAAGCACUUCCAUUCACAUCUUCCAUGCAUUUAUAGCAAUUAUAGCAAAAUUAAUGUUAUGUCAUUUUUUAACUUAUUUAUUUUGUGGUAAAACCCAUUAUCUUCAGUGGGUGAAAAGCCAGGCUGCCUGCCCUGACCACAUUUUCACGUUUAAUAGAAUUGCACCUGACCUACCAUUUGUAACUGGCCUCCAAGGGCAAAAACCAGCAAAGACAAGUGUUCAGCUGUGGCUCAAUGAUCCAUGACUUCAACGAGACCACUGCUGAAAACAUUAUGCAUGUGGUGCCCAAAGCAGAAGGAAAAUCAGAAUACCCUCAGAGACUAAUGGGAAUUUGCCAGCUGCCUUCAGUGAGCCUAAGAGCUGGGGAAGCAAGCUCAGUGUGGGUGGGAGGAGGGUAUUCAGUUUCUUUUUGUUGCCAUAACCUGUCAUUCUUUCAGCUCUUGUUCAAGGUUUCUUGCAUGGAACAGUCAUGGAUGUGGCCUAGUGUGUAUUUAUCUUGUAUCCAUGCAGAGAGGUUAAAAUGGGGUAUCUUACCUCCUAAAAGUCAGCAGUCUCAUUAGAUGAUGCUUUUUGUGCUUUGAUUGGACUGCUUGUCACUGAAACACCCAGGAGACAUAGCAGCAACUCACAAGAGAGGUUGUGCUGGCUGGACAGGUUUAAUUCUAAAAAAAUCUUGUGUUUUGCAUGCUGUGUUGUUUAGUUGGCUAAAUCUGUCCACUUCAUGUGGAUGUACCAGAAUGGCAAGUUUUUUGUUUCUUUUCCUUUGGAGAGGCAUUUUCACCCUUCUUUGGGCUUACAGCUUUGUUCUUUCAUCCUGUAGAGGUGAUGACAAUGUGAAUGGGCAUGCUUAGCUUAGGCAUCCAUGUCGGACGGCACACUAAUGAAGAAGUCUUAGUAAGGGAAGAGGAUUAGGUACAAGAAUUUGAAUUUAUAGCUCUUUGCUGUAAAUCUUAUAAAUCUUUGAGUUAGAUUCCAGAGGUGUAGUGUACAAUGUUUCCUAAUUCAUUUGUUCUCCAACUCAGUUUCCGUGAAAUCAAAGGGGAGGGGAGGGAGGAAGAGAGGAAGCAGCCCCACCUCUCACCACUUGCUUGGCAUUCCCAACCAGCCCCUUUCGCUCCAGUCUCUUCAGUGCUCACACAGAGGGUUUGCUUGGUCCCAUACUCAGAUAUGACCAGGGAGCUCUAGCAACUGGUAGCUUUUACUUGUCCUCAUAAAUAUCUCCACUGCUGCAGCUGCAAGAGUGAAUUUGCCUGAACCCCUUUCCGUGUGGUUAACUUUAGUCUUUCCACUUCCCAUCAUCUCUGCUGCUGUGUUUUCAUUAAAACUUCCAUUACUUGGCUUAGCCCAGUGCAGUGAGAGGCAAUCUUGUUUCUUGCUACUUUUAUAAAGCAGACAAAGACAGGGGAAAGAAACCUUUCUAAAAUACCCAACGCGAAAUCAUUUAAAAAAAAGACUGCCACUUUAGAAAAAUCCAGUGUGCUAGGAGGUCAUUUUAAUUAAUUAAGGUCAAAGCCUCAACACCUCAUAUAUUCUGUCAGGGACAGAUUACCAUGGUUCAAAACAUCUGGACUUGUUCAAGCUACGGAUUCAAGAGAGUCCAGCCUUAGCCUUUCCCCUUCCCAGCAGUGGAUAAAUUGACUAUCCCAUAGUUUCCUGCGUGAGAGGCUUUUAAAUGAGCCUUUCCAUACUGGUUCUCUCUGUUCUGCAUAGCUUUUAAAGAGCUCAUAGCACAUCUGCAAGCUGAGAUUUGCCCUUCAGUAUGGCUGAAAACCCCUUGUGCCCCAGUGCUGGUUGCACCUUACUGGGGCAGAAAGCAGAAAGGAGUACAGAAAGCCUCUGGAGCCUUAUCAGAGUGAAAGCUGCUUCCCCAGCAUCCAAGCAUUCACUUGGUCAAAUACUCUGCUUAACCUAGCUCAAGCCUGUCUAGACUGAUAGACAGAUUUGGGACAGUCUGUUCAAUACCUUGGAUACUCGUUUUUGCCUUGCAAUUUUUGAGCCAAUGACUAAUUACACCAUUUGGGGACACGGUAAAAUGUGCAGUCUCACUUGGUUUGUGAGUUUAUCCAUUGAAGAAUACAAGGACUAUAGCAAAGUAUUUCAGAGCUUUUUGACCUCAUGUUCCUGGCUAAAUUCCAAUUAGUACUAGAAAAAACUUGACCUAUUUUAAGUCCCAUCAGUGCAUUCAGACCAGUGUGUUGCUUCCUGUCCACAUCUCUCUUGAGCGUCGCAGCUGUUGUACAGCCAUAUGUGCUGUACCAGUGGGGAACAGAGGUGCCUGAGCAUUACGCAUACAAUAAAUAAGUAAAUCCCACUCUCUGCAACAUAGGACAGUCCUAUUGAUCUCUGUGGCAUUAUGUGGAAGGUUGAAUAAUGCAUCUCUGCUGUUUAGAGCUCCAAGAUACAGUCAGUGCUCUUUUUCACCCCACUCCUCGCUCUGCCAGCUAUCAAAGAGAAAAGGGACCUGGAUCCUGCAUUUUUUGAAGAGCAGCAGAGAAAAACACAGAGGAAACACCACAUUCCCUCAACUUCCCUUCCUCCCCCACCCCUGCACCAGUAACAGGUGGGCUACUAGAGUGUCCUUCAGCCCUGCUCCUUGGAAAGCUUGUUGUAAUGCCGUUUGUGCAUUAGUUAUCCUCAGAGCAGGCUUUUGAUUAGGUUGAAGUCUGGAAAGCAUCUUAAGUCAUUCAUGACAGAAGUGAGAUUGUAAAAUAAUUUAGUUCUAAUGAGCCAUGCUGUGAAUUUUCUGCUUCUUUGUGAUUUUUUGGUGGUGUGUUGUUUGGUUGGGGGUUUUUUGUUGUUUGGGGGCUUAACUUGAGAAGAAAAGGCUAAGCAUAUGCAAUGCUUUGGAUUUUCUGUCUGUAGUUAUCUUUGUGUGUAUAUGAGAGAGAGAGAGAGAUGGACAGUAAAUAGAUCUACAGGAUAUGUUAUGAGGCGUGAAAUCAUGUUUGUAAUGAGAUUUCUUGUUAAUGGCAGUCAGCCUUCCUUGAUGCUAAGCAUUAAUGCAAUAUCCAUUAGUGCAGCCAAACCUCCCUCUGCUCCACUUUCCCAAAUGGGUUUCACUUUGUACCUAGUUUAGCAUUUAUAAAUAUUUGAUACAGGGUUCAAGAAGUAAUUUACAUGUUAAGAAUAUAUGAAUGUACUAGGAAAAAUACAAGUUAAGAUUCUGCUAUAACAUCAUUCGCAAACCAAACAUGAAAGCAUGAUGAAAUUUGCCCCAUUAAAAUUGCUGGAAGCCUUUUCAUUGAUUUUUCUAGUCUGUGGAUUAGGUCUGUUUUCCAUCUCUCUUUCAUACUCUGUCACCUUUGAAGUCUUUGUGUGUCUCGCACUUUCUAAGCCAAAUGCAUAUCUGUAAUUAGAAAGCACAGGCCUGAUCUUUAGAUGGAGAAGUGAUCCACUUCUGAAGGGCUGGUUUUGUGUCUUUAUGUUUAGAAUGGAAAGCAGCAGCUAAAUGGGGAAAUCCCAGCGUGAGCAUCCUGAAAAGACAGAAGAGCUAGCACUGUGUGUGGGACAACUCUUUACUUCCUUUCUCCCUCUUCACAUCCCCUCCCACCUGUCCCUGAGAUGUCUUUGAACUUAAAGCUAGGAAAGAGAAGUGAAAACAAGAGGAAAGGAUGUGCUAGAAAUAAGAUGGUUUCUACAUCAGUACAGAACCAUUGAGUUGAUCUUGAUUUUUCCUGGUUUUAGGCAGACUCCUAAUUUGUGUAAUCUAAAUGCAGGAAUGAUUAUGAUUGUUUUGCAUUUGUUAUGGUUGUUAUGCAUUUGGGUUUGGGUUUUUGUUUGCUGCCAUCUAUUGUUGGGGUUUUAUGGGAAGGUUUCAUUUCCCUUUUUAUUGAGAAGCAAAUGAAAGAUCACGUAACCCGAGAGUAAUCAUCAACAAACAUAGAGAUACUGUCCUCCAUCCCGCAGAUGUAGCUUAAGUACUGGUUUGUGGCUUCACAGGCAUGUUUGAGGUCGUCUAUAAUUAACACAGGUGAAACUUUCUUCCCCGUUGCUUAUCCAUUUAUGAUGGAUGAAAAUAAAAUAACAGAGUUAGAGUAUAAACAGUAGGAUGGCAGAUGUUUCUCUGUAGAGAAAGGUUAUAGCUAAGAAAUACAAAUGUUUCUGGAACCAGAUACUUUUCCUCAAAACGACAGAUAGGCAUCUGUAGCUCAUUCAAAGAUGUCAGUCUCUUGAGUCUGUUACAUGCUUUUGAAAAUUGCCUGUUAAAUGCUGUUAAUGUUUCAGAGCAAGCCCUUCCAGUGAAGACACUGAGGGCACUCAGAAGGGAAUGUAUUAAAAAUAGAGGAGCUCAGCCAUAAUUUGAGGUGGCAGCUUUUGUCCGCUCUGUCCACAACCUGAACAUUAGUUUAAUAAGUGGGUUUGUAUUUAAUUUCUUUAGAAAUUUUUUUAAUUGCUGCAGCACUCUCACAACAUUUUCUCCAAGUGCACCUUAGGUUAUCUUAAACCCACUCUGUCUGAUGCUGAUCCUUUUAAGAUCUCCAAUGAGAUUAUGAUUCAUUUGUCAUUGCUAGAUGUCAUUUUGUUAAGGCUGUACAAAGGCACAGCAGCAGGUGAAACCAGUUGUUUUUUUAUUAUUGUAUUACUCUGAAAAAGAGAAAAACUAGCCAGAUCUUUGUUUCUAGUGUGAAAUACUCCCCUUAGCUUCAGAGGACAUGUGUAAAGCCUCUGCUCUGAAUGUCUCGAUAUAAUCAAGUUACAAAAUGGAGGAAAAUGGUAUUAGAGAAAGAUUUUUGAGAAACAUAACUCCAGUGGAGCAGAACAUGCACUUGUUAAAAUCUGCUCUCUUGCUCUCUCUCUCUCAUGAAUUCAGUAGGAAUCUUUAAUGGGAGUUACUGCAAGGCUGUAUGGUUUUUUAAUGCACGAGCAGAUGUAAUUUCCCAUCCAGUCAUCUGCACAGUUGCGGUUGGUUCAGCAGAAAAGGCUGAAGGCCAAAUCCUGCUGUCAUUGCACACAGCCCCUCUACUUCAGCAGGGAUCAUAAACAUGUACUUAUGUUACUUGAGGUUUUUGCUGAAGAGAAAUGGGAGAGGGUAGGCUUUCCUUCUGCCUGUUGAUCACAGGCUUUGUGUUUCCAAUGACUUUAUUAGAAGCAUCAUCUAUUUACAUGCUGCAGAAUGAGGCCUGUGUGGGGUGGGAAAGAUUGUUAUGAAUUUAGACCUGCCUAAGAAAACAUCAACCAUUCUAAUUUUAGACAAGUUGCAUUCCAUAUCCAUCUGUUUAGUGGAUCAGUCUGAUGUUUGCUGUGUAGUAAAUUGCAUUGGGCCUUUUUUUUUUAUUUCUUUGAGGGCAUUGCCUGUCAUCAUCUAGUGUAAAAUAGUGCCAAGGACUUACAGAUAUACCCUUAGGGCCAAACUGUGCUAGUUCCACAUACCACAGUCCCAUCAAAAGCAAGGAAAACCGGACUGGGCACACAAAUUGUAACCCCCUGAUGUCCAGUUACAUGUCCUGCCUCAUUUCACAGAGAUUGAUGACUUCCUGGGAAAAAGGAAAAAAAAAAAACAAACCAACAACAAAAAACACAACAAAACACAUGGUGCCACUUCACCUCAGUUUAAAAUGUAUUGGAGUAGAGGAAAUUAUAUUAGACAUGACUGUAGUCUACCAAAUCCAGUCCUGUGCAUAGGCAGAACUCCAAGGGAAAGCAAUGGGAGUUUCCGUUAUGGAGUUUGCAGAACGAAGCCUACAUAUCGAACUGUGACAAAAAUGUCAACUUUGUGUAAACUCUCCUGGUGGGUCUGUGUAAAGGUUUUUGAGAAAUCUUCAUUGUAACACACCAGAGAAUAAUAAACUUGCACCUUGAUAGCACAGCUUUAUUUGUAUAUAUUCUAUGUAAAUUUUAAACCAGAGGAUACAUGUCAUUCCUUGUACAUAUCUGAUUAGAAUGAUGGCAGUGCUAUGCACUGCUGUUUAGGAGACCCACGUUCUCCAGUCUUGGAUUUCCAACUGUAAAGGCUGCAGGAGACUGCUUGAGACCAGCCAAAACAUUGGAUGGAUAGAUGCUCACCACCCACUGCUUGGAAACGAAGGAGCAGGAUUUGGAACAGAUGUUGGCUAUGGAGAAGAUUGCUUGCCUCUACUCCUGGCUAAAGGACAAGUGCCUCCUUCUCUGUCAUCUCCAACAGAAGUGAUUUACGGUCAAAGAGUGUGGAGGAUCUUCAGGGGCCUCUUUGGAGCUGUCUUUCCUCGUGGUCUGAGUUUGUAACGAGCCCACACUUUGGAUGUCACAUGGGGAAGCAGUGUGUACAUACAUCUACCUAUCUGUCUGUCUGUUAUCUAAUAUUCCAGUGUUUCUGUAUUGAAUGGUUUCAGUAACCUGUAAACAAGUGAUUGCUCCUGUUGUGUUACUGCUUUGAAAUUCUUUGCAUGCACUCUGGCAUAUAAUUCUUUAAGAAAAGAAAUUAUACAUAUUAUAUAUAUAUAUAUAUUGUAGUUUGCAAAAUAUUCAUGUUGAAGAGCCAUGUUUUGUGCAAAUUGUACAUUUAUGUUGUGAGCAAGAUUGCAAUACAAACUUUUAUUAGUUGUUGAUAGUAAAUUUGUCACCUUAUUUUUGAGCGUAUGUAUGUAUCCCAAGCUUUCAAACUCAGGCAUUAGAUCAACUGCUGAAGGAGACUUUUUCUGUGCAGCAGGAGCAGCACAGGCUUUCAGUAAAUAGGCAGGUGUGCAAGUCCCAUUCUGUUCAAAUGCAAGUUGCAAGGCUGAUUCUUCAUGCAGUUUGUCAGGCCAAUACUUCUCUUUUGUCAGUGCUGGAAUUCGUGUUUGGUAUGAGGACGGUGUUGCGCUCAUCUGUAACAGAACUAAAACCCCAACCUUGCAAAAAACAAAGUGCUUAACUCCUACUGCCCUCCGUCCCUGCAGGUGCUUCAGUAUAAAUACAACGAGGACUUAAGGAACUUAACCAUUUCCUGCCGCAUAGCCAAUGUUAUAUUUUCAAAUGUUCACGCUACAUAGUUUUCAAUUUAGGGGCUAGAUAAAAGUGUAAUACCAGUACGGCUUUAGAAAAGCUACAGUGUUUGGAGCUUGACCUUGAAACUUUUACCUGAUUUCUGAACAUCAUUGGUGGCUUUGUUUGCUCAGUGUUUACCUCCGAGAAAUGUAUGCUAUUGAUUUAAAUGUUUAAUAUAUUGACUGCCUUUUUUUGUAUAUUUGUUAUCAUAAAGGUUUGGUUUAAAUGCUAACAAUUGUGGUCUAUUUUCAGACUUGAAAUACUUACGGUUCUGUAUUUGGAAGGCAAAGUUAUUAAUGAAUAUAGCAAUUUGGUAUUUUAUUCCUAUUUUAUACAGCUGCCCCCAUAGGUUAUUAUCAGAUGGCAAUGAAUAUUGCUGAACAGCAGGUGGAACUCCUUUGAGUGUGUUUAUGAGCCAUCUCUGUUCAAUAAAAAUUCCAUUGUUUUCUAGCCUAGGAAA